ACGAGGCGAAGCGGCCCCACACGCAAAACUCCCGGCGUCAAGUUUGCCUUCAGCAAUUGUCUGUUUGCUGACAGGUGUCUGUGACCUCCGGGACUGUGUGCUCCUUAUCUCCACCGUCGGGAUGGGGAAGAGAGCGUUUUCAGCGGCUCUGCUGGCUGUGGCUGCCGGGGUCUACCUCCUGCCUUCUCCUAUAGACCCCAAACCCCACGUACUGAAGGGCCCCCCUCCAGCCCUUGAAGGACCUCUGGCUGUCAACACCAGAUUACAGAAGGGCCGCAGGCUGUUUACCGGGAAACUACAUGGACCAGAAUCCUUCACCGCCGAUCGGGAAGGUAACGUGUAUACAGGUACAGUGGAUGGGAAGCUGUGGAGAAUUGCUCCUGAUGACAGCCUGACCUUCAUCACCCAGAUGGGCCAGGAUUUACCUGAAUGUGGCAGCAGUACAGACCAUGAGCCCGUGUGUGGACGUCCCCAUGGCGUGAGAAUGGACAGACAUGGUCAGCUGAUAGUGGCCGACUCCUACCUAGGACUACACAGUGUUAAUCCCAAAACUGGAGAGAAAACUCUUCUACUGUCUAAUUCAGAGGGAGCUGAAGGCACUCCGUUUGCCUUUCUGAACGGCCUGGAGAUCUCCGCCCAGACUGGAACGAUCUAUUUCACCGACUCCUCCAGCCGCUGGGGACGAAGACACGUCAAACUGGAGGUUAUAGAGCUGAACAGCCUGGGUCGACUGCUAGCCUACGAUCCACAGUCUGGUGGUGUGCAAGUCCUGCUGGAUUCCCUCUACAUGCCCAAUGGCAUCGUGCUGUCGCCUGACGAAGACUUCCUGCUGCUGGCAGAGACCAGUAUCGGACGCCUGCUGAGGUAUUGGCUGAAGGGUCCGAAGGCCGGUACCAAGGAAGUCGUCUUGGACAACAUGAUCGGUUAUCCAGACAACAUCCGCCUCAGCGACCACGCAACCUUCCUGGUUGGUAUUACCACCACCCGUUUCUGGAAAGUCCUGCCUCCCUUCCUGGAUAUGAUCGCACCGUACCCCGCCGUCAAACGCUUCUUGGCCAAGGUGAUUCCUCUGAGCUGGUACAAUGCCUUGCUGCCGCGCUACGCUUUGGUGCUGGAGCUGGGGUAUGACGGUGAGGUGGUGGGAUCGCUCCAUGACCCCGACGGCAGCCUUACGUGGGCCAUCAGCGACGUCUUCCAGCACCGAGGGAGAACCUACCUGGGCAGCACUGACCUGCCCUUCUUACCUGUGUUGGAAGAAUGGGAGGACUGACGGAGGUGGGGGGGACAUUUGAAACACUCACGUUGAAUCCAGAAACGAUGGACAACACAAAUACUGAGCAGCUAGUGUGUAGCUUAACGACACAUUGUGUAGUUAUUUUCCAUUUUAGGACCGGUACAUUUUUCUGUGGCUCACACAUAACUAACUAGGAAAUUUUGCAGCCUGGUACGUUUUCCGCUUUCAGAGGCUUUUAGUUGACGCUUCUACCCACUGUGACUAACAAGGAAUGACCGGGGCGGUCAUGUCUUGCUCAAGGGCACAUUAGCAGGAGAGAUGGUUGUUGAAGUAAUGACCCUUGUGACCUUUAGGUUACAGGACAGUCUUAGUAAUAGGCCGACCUGUAACCUGAUAUUAUAGAAACAUGUCAACAGAUGAAAAGUAAACAACAAUUUUCCAGCAAUGAUUGUGGAAUUCAGCAGGGAUGUGUGUUAGGAUGGUCAACUUUCCAGUUGGAUGACUGGAAUGAGACAUGAGUGAUGGAGGACUGAGACACUGGUCAGCACAGAGCAAUAAUGUCCUGCUUUUUUCUCUCUCUCUCUGUUCAUCUCUGUUGUUUAUCUUUGGUUUUGCAUGUA